CUCAGAUUGAGCCUGCCAUGGCGGACAAGCUCGAGACUGUGAACGAGCGCAACUGCGGUGCCAAGACCAUGCACGUGCGAGUGCUGGACCCGAUGGUGCGCAAAACCAAGAAGGACUGCGAGGUCUUCACCUGCAAGCUGAUCAGCGAGAGUGGCCUCUAUUGCACAGCCGAACAUAUGAUCUUCGGGGGCUCGCCGGCGGCGCGCACGAGAGUCAGCAAAGCAUUGACGACCAAGUGGACCGCGAAAUCCGCGUGGUCUCUCUCCAAGCUGAAGCUUGUGCGCAAGAAAGAGGCCAACAAGCUGCCGGACGAGCUGGAGCCCCCCGUGGGAGUCCAGGAUGUCCUCGACCUCUCGCAGGACCGGGCGAUCGACCUCCACGGGUUCGUCUCGGAUGUUUCUCCCGAAGCCCAAUUCAAAGGCAAGAACUUGGUGGAGGCCACGGUCUGCAACGAGGCCGGAAGCAGCAUCACCUUAAAAUUUUGGGAGGAGAACGUCCCCCGCGCAGAGCAGCUGCAGAAGAAAGAGCCCAUCUACAUCUACGGAGCGUACUUGGUCCACCCCGACAGCGGCGGCGUGUGCCUGUCAGUCCGGGAGUCCACGUCCUUCGCCGCGCCUACAGGCACGCGCCCCAAGAUAGCGGCCAUGCUCGCCGGCGGCGUUCGCGACCUCGCCAGCGACCAGAUCCAAAGCCUGACCGUCUAUGAGGCCAAGGACUACAAGGUCGGGCCCGCCACCAGCUCCAACGCGGCCGUCCUGGACGCGCUCCUUCAGAGCAAGACGACGCCCCCGGACACCCUGUUCGAGAUCCCGGCAGCGUCAUUCCCCCUCAGCGACACGGAGACGCUCUUGACAAAAGAUGGGGCCCGCGUCUGGGCAUCCGUGCGCAUGGUCGACCUCGCUGGGUCCGUGGAGGCCAAGGUGACGGAGAAGGUCGCCCUCGCGCUGACUGGCUGCACGGACAAGGCGGAAUUCCAGGCCGACGUUGAACAGGGGUCCGUGACGUGGGCCCGGGCGCGCGUUCGGGCCACGCUGCGCGCCCCGAAGAGCGUUGAUGGCGACAAGACGAGCACGGACCCCCACCUGAUCAUCGCGCGCGCGGACCCCCGGAACUUCGACGCCGUCGUCCCGCUGCCCGCCCCGCACAGCGACAGCCGCGUCGUUCCCACGAACGCCCGCAGCAUUUCCUUGAGCACCACCGGGAAGCUGACCAUCACCAUCGGCUCCGCGCGCUUCCUCGCGAGCGGCGCGCUCCUCCUGGUAGAGGCCACGAAAGACCCCGAGACCGUGCCGCGCGAGGGCGGCUUCGCGAUCACCAACUACAUCGUGGACGCGGCGGAGAGCGACUCCGACCAGAAAGCCGUCUUCCACGCCGUGACUGCCUGCGCGACGAAACGCUUGGGCCGCUACGCGCUCACGAAGAAAGACCAGGCGCUCAUCGUGGUCACCCACUUCGACGCCGCGACGUCCGAGUUUACCGUGAGCGACAUGUGGAAGUUGCCGCCCAGCAUCACGCCCGACGCGUUCAGGGCCGAAAUUGCUGCUGCAGGUGAGACUCUGACCAGUCGCCUCACGCGCGCCAAGCGCAAGGCCGACCCCAAGGCCGAGGACAACUUCGACGAGUUCCUCGGGCCCGCGGUCAAGCGCAUCCACGAGGCGUUCGGCGACCCGGCCGCGCCCGCGGAGGCGACCUCCAGCGCAGCUUUCCUGCGCGCGCGCGUGGC